CCAAGCGACACUUCUUGUCUUUUGCGUGAUAAGGUUGCAGGUGUGUGCAGGGUGAGCAUCACCAGAUCCCGCACAGGUCACCGGCAUCUUCCACCCCCCGUCUCCGGAGAUGAUACCUGGCAAGCGAAGAGCCGCAGUCAUGUCCUUCUCGGUGGCGAUAUUUGGAGCCCUGAUGCUGCAGACCGUCUCCUCGCAGAACGAGCCGUCCAUUUCCGCUUCCGAACACACCACACUUCCUGUGGAAGGCGACUCUCUCACGCUGUGGUGCAACCUGACCACCACCCACAGUGUCCACCAGGAGAGCUUCUGGAUGAAGAACGAGGAGGAGAUCCCGGAGACACGCAGCCCAAAUAGGAACACCGAGUACAAGCUGAAGAAACCGAGAGGAGACGACGCCGGAGUGUACACGUGUGUCUACACCUUCGAGAUGGCUCCUCCAGCAAACGCCAGCAUAGAAGUUAAAUGUGCUCCUGACAUUAGAGGCCACAAGCGCAGUGAGAAUAAGAACGAGGGCCAGCUUGCUGUGCUCUACUGUAAGUCUGUUGGCUAUCCUCACCCUGUCUGGACCUGGCGUAAGGUCGACAACGGCAUUCCCAGGGAAAUUGACAACUCCAGCGGACGUUUCUUCAUCAGCAGCAGAGACAACUACACCGAGCUCAACAUUAUCAACCUGGACAUCAACUUGGAUCCAGGCGAGUACCACUGCAACGCCACCAACAUCCUCGGCACCCGUGACGAGAAGAUUGUCCUGAGGGUUCGCAGCCACUUGGCCCCCUUAUGGCCUCUUCUGGGGGUUUUGGCCGAGAUCAUCAUCCUGAUCGUCAUCAUCGUGGUUUAUGAGAAGCGUAAGAAGCCAGAGGAUCUACAGGACGAUGACGACCAUUCAGGUCCAGUGAAAACUAAUUCAACCAACAACCACAAAGACAAGAAUCUCCGCCAGAGGAAUACAAACUGAGCAGCCUGCCUACUGAAUUUCAUUACACAUGUAUUGACCAUAUGAAGGUAAACAAGAAGGGAAUCCAUACCAGUCG